CUCGUCAGAUUGAAGCUCUGCUUCGCUCCGCCCCUGGCUUGUUUGUAUAUGAGCGGUGACCGAAAAGCGUGAAGCAGUUUUAUGUCGUGAUGCGGAGGUUGGAGCUAGAUGUGGUCUGCGUUUGGAGAGCGUGCGAUUUUUAUUGACCUGGAUUAGGAAGGAUUGGAAAGUCUUUAAUCUCUGGGAUUUCCAGUGACUUUUUGCCGUUGCCGACUGCGGUGCGACGCACUCGGCGGAUUCAAAUAGAGAGGAAUGGUGGACCGCAUGAUGGCAAUGAACCAUGGACGCUUCCCAGAUGCUGUGAAUGGUCUCCAGCAUCAGCACUCGUCCGCGCGCAGGAUGGGAAUGGGACAGUUUCCGAGCGCGCUACAGCAGCAGCAGCAACAACAACAGCAACAGCAUUAUAACAUGAUGAUGGGUGAUCACAUGCAUUACGGAGGGAAUGUAAACACGAACCACGGAAUCCGUCAUUCUGGGAAUAAUAUGAACGGAGGCAUGCCUAAUGGCAACUUGCCCGCGCGGUUUAACUCGCAGUUUGUUGGAGCUGCUGCGACUAGCCAAGGGCAGCAGCAGCUGGCUGCGAGUAUGCAAUUGCAAAAGCUCAACACACCGUACUACGGUCAUCACACGCAUCCCUCCCAUCAUCACCAUUACAUGCAUGAACUGCAUCCAGCCGGGCACCAGUUAAACGGGACAGGACAACAGUAUAGAGACGGUAACGCGAAGCAGAACAGCGGUGUGCCUUUGCCCGGCCACCACAUGCCUGCAGCAAUACUGCCCCCCAACGUUAUCGACACGGAUUUUAUUGACGAGGAGGUCUUGAUGUCACUGGUGAUAGAAAUGGGUUUGGAUCGGAUUAAAGAACUUCCAGAGCUGUGGCUGGGACAGAAUGAGUUUGAUUUUAUGACAGACUUUGUUUGUAAGCAACAGCCUAGUCGAGUGAGUUGUUAAUAUCACUUGGAGGACUUUUUUGUUCUUUUUUUUUUAACUGGUGUUUUCCCAGAUCAGAAUGAUAAGCCCACCAUACACAACAGUCAUGGAAGUAAAUCAUACCGGACAAAGUUAACUUUUAUUCGUGGAGUUUUGUAAAAGAUGUGGGUUUGUUUUGCAUGAGGAGUUCACCAAGGAUGGUUCGGACACCCCAAAAUCAUGUUAUGCAUAUGCAGGGCCUGGAGAGAGAAAUGCAAAAGAAACAUGGAGAUAUCUGUUUAGUAUUAUUGUAGCAAAGACUAAAAUUCAGUUGCAUCUAGAUGUUUGUUUUGCUCAUCCGGAUGUGUUUUAAUGGGAGACCUCCAGUGCUAUCAGAUGUCUGUGAAUGCAUAUUCUGAAUAAUGUCAGUGGUUAUGUGACACGAUUGUAGAUAAUAGUGUGUUAAUUGUCUCAAUCAGCAAUGUACUAUAAACUUUAGUGGCCAUAUUUACCAGAUUCCUGUGCUGCUCAUAGGUUCAAUGAAUUUGCGAGCAGGUGCUUCAAGUUGUUCUUCUCUCCACCCUUUCGAAUAUCUGACACAUUUACUCGGGCCCACGUUGCCUCCAUGAUGCUUGUGUAAACCAGAGCCUAAAACAUCUAUUGAAGUGACAUGAAUGUGUGUGUAUGUAUGUGCAUUUGCGGGCUAUUCUGUUUGCUUUUCGACUACAGUGCAUUGAAUGGGAACGUAGGGGUAAUCUAUGGAAAAAUCCCAGGGGAAACAUUUGUUGAAUGUCAUAGCCUGGAAUGUUUGGAAAAGGAAGGUGGAAAAAUAUCCCAACACAGAAGAUUAUCAUCUUCAUUAGUUUCCAGAAAAGAUAGACCACUGUGCUUAUUAUAGUAUGCGGUACAUGGCAAUACUACUGUGUUGAGGCUUUCUAGGAAAGUUUUACAGUAUUUUUGUAUAUUUUUAGAAGAAAAUGUUAAUUUAUUAUAUUUUAAUUUGCAAACAUGAAUAAAGCACCAGAGGCUCAUUACUGAA